AUGAACGUGGACGACGCGAACCGGCCCAUGAGCGUUAAGGAGAUCUCCCGGAAUGCUAGCGACUACAAGUUCACCACGGCUCUGUCUCUGCAAACAUGGUUGCGCACUGCAAAGACUCUGGACCGAGAGGCCAGGUCCUACCUUCGCGAUGGCAACUUCCCCAAGGCCUAUAUGCUGUAUAUUCGCGAAUCCGACCUCAUCAUGAACUCCUUGCCGAAACAUCCCGACUCCAAGACCAAAGAAGGCAAAAAGCUCCUGGCCCAGGCCUUCCGCGGCCUCACCGAUGUCAUGGAAAACAUGGAAAAGAUUAGGCCUAUAAUUACGAAGGACUAUGAAGAGUGGGAGGCCGAGGCAGCAAAGAGACAGGCGCUGCGAGCAAAACAGAAGGCCGACAAGCAGUCCAGUGCCCCAGCCAAGACCCUGACAGACUACGACAAGUAUGCUGCCAGAGAUCCCACCUUGUCCUCGAGGGCAAAAGUGCUUGAUGCUGGCGAUCAUCUCGACCUCGCCGUAGAUCUGGCCACCAAGGAGUUCAGCAGGCGCGACGCCGAUAAAAGAGCUUCACGGCGAGCUGGUAGGUCAGCUGAAGAGGAGCAAAGCAGACGAACAGCGGGCUUCUGGAACAACUGGACCGACGAGCUGUCCAAGAGGCAGGAAGAGGAUGAAGAGAUAUUCCGGAGGAAAAUGGAGUCGAGUCGAGCCCAGCAAGGUGUCGAGGAUAACCACAUUCAUGACUUUGUGCAGAAAAUGGGCCGCGCCGAAAGAGAGAGAGAAGGAAUAUCUGCGCCACAUAUAAACAGCAACACCACAGCAACUUACAACUAUCCCUCAAUAUCGCGGUCGGCCCCCGUACUUUACGAUCCCAGGGUUCCCACAACCGACAGAGAACCCACGCCUCAACCGCCACGGCCGCCUAAGGACUUUAUUCCAGCCCGAUACGAGGAACAUACGCCAUCGCUUCCUGAACUGCCCUCGAAGGAGCUUCUGUGGCCACUCCCCACGCCCGAAAAUUUCCAGAAUGGCCCGUCGAGACCACCUAAAGAGUCGGCCCUACCCGCAGAGCCACCCAAGAAGAAGUCCAACAGGGAGCAUCUUACCUUCAAACCUGCUGCAUACUUGGAAAACAAUGAGCCCGUACGCUAUGUCAUAUUUCCUUCCAGGAUGCGUGAGGACUUCCUCCGUCUGGCCGCCGAUAACACGAGGCGCGGGCUGGAGAUGUGCGGUGUACUGUGCGGUACCAGCGUUAACAACGCCUUGUUCGUGAGAUGCCUCGUCAUUCCGGAACAGAAGUGUACUUCCGACACCUGCGAAACCGAGAACGAAGGAGCUUUGUUUGACUACUGUGAGAAGGAAGAUCUGAUACAGCUUGGUUGGAUACAUACACACCCGACGCAGACAUGCUUCAUGAGCAGUCGAGAUCUUCACACACAGGCCGGAUACCAGAUCAUGCUACCGGAAAGCAUUGCCAUAGUCUGUGCCCCGACAGACAACCCUUCUUAUGGCAUCUUCCGGCUAACCAACCCACCGGGCCUUCCACAUAUAUUGCAAUGUACACAGAGCUCGACCUUCCAUCCUCACAGCGUUGACAAUUUAUACACGAGCGCUGGUAAAACCUCAGGGGGCCACGUUUUAGAGACUGAUGGACUUGACUAUCAAGUAUGCGAUCUGAGGCCUAGUACGAGGCACUAG